GCGCUUUUCGGACGUUACCGGCGGUGCGGCCAGCUGCAGGUGUCAAAGAGCAUUGCGGAUAUGGUGAAGGACACAGAACCUGGGAUGAAACUGGACACUUGACUUCUGGUAUCAUUUAUAACCAGCAGUGUGACCUGCAAUGCUGACUGCUCUUCAGUUUGGUUAUUUGUUAUAGAACUUUCAACAUGCAGACCUCUAGCUCUAGGUCUGUGCAUCUGAGUGAAUGGCAGAAGAAUUACUUUGUAGUUACAUCAGGCACUUGUACCUCAAAAGAGAAGGCAGAUGCAUACCGUGCACAGGUGCUGCGCAUUCAGUAUGCCUGGGCGAACUCUGAGAUCUCCCAGGUCUGUGCUACCAAACUGUUCAAAAGGUAUGCCGAGAAAUAUUCUGCAAUUAUUGAUUCUGACAAUGCUGAAACUGGCCUGAAUAACUAUGCAGAAAACAUCUUAGCUUUGGCAAGGUGUCAGCAGACUGACAGUGAGAAAUGGCAGUCGGGAUUGUCGGUAAGUAAUAUUUUCAAAAUGGCAAGUGUACAGAAGAUGAUGCAAGCGGGCAAGAACAUGAAGGACUCUCUCUUGGACCCUGCUGAGGCCGCAGUAGCACUCCGUAAGGAGGCUCCUGUCUUUGAUCUUCCCAAGUUUAGUGUUUGUAGAGGUUCUGGAGAAGGUGACUUGUUAGCCAGCUCAAGUCAUGACAGAGAUUGGACCCAAGACAGUACAGGGAGCAACCUUGGAUAUAGCCAGCCUCAGAAUGUACCACUGUCCAACACCACUAAGACUUGUCCUACCUCCUCGGUGUCUUUAGGUGAGUCAGGCCCUGCACGAUUUCACACCACACCAUUAUUCAGAAACACGAAAAAGGAAAAUCACAGCUCUCCUAAAGCCAAUGUAGGACUAAAUAUGUUCUUACCUAAUCAGUCUUUCUAUGGUUCUGGUACCACUGAUGCCUUCUCUAAUCCACCACUGAAUAAGGUUAUUAGUAAAACAGAAGAUAAUGGCCAACGGGAGGAUGGCAGCUUGUCUACCUUCAAAACUGCCAAAGAACAAUUAUGGAUUGAUCAGCAAAAAAAGUACCACCAACCCCAGCAUGCAUCUGGGUCUUCAUAUGGUGGUGUAAAAAAGUCUCUGGGAGCAGGUAGGUCUCGAGGGAUUUUUGGGAAGUUUGUUCCUCCUGUACCUAAGCCAGAUGGGGGAGAGCAGAAUGGAGUGAUGCAAUACAAGCCUAAUGGGGCAGGACCUUCAGAACCAGUACCUCCUGUGGAUGAGCGCCUCAAGAACUUGGAGCCAAAGAUGAUUGAACUUAUUAUGAGUGAGAUUAUGGAUCGUGGUCCCCCAGUACACUGGGAAGACAUUGCAGGGGUAGAAUUUGCCAAAGCCACAAUUAAGGAAAUAGUUGUAUGGCCCAUGAUGAGACCAGACAUCUUUACUGGAUUGCGUGGACCCCCAAAAGGCAUUCUUCUCUUUGGUCCUCCUGGGACUGGUAAAACUCUAAUUGGCAAGUGCAUUGCUAGUCAGUCUGGGGCAACAUUCUUUAGCAUCUCCGCUUCAUCCUUGACUUCUAAAUGGGUAGGUGAGGGAGAGAAAAUGGUCCGUGCAUUGUUUACUGUGGCCAGGUGUCAGCAACCAGCUGUGAUAUUUAUUGAUGAAAUUGAUUCCCUUUUAUCUCAAAGAGGAGAUGGUGAGCAUGAAUCUUCCAGAAGGAUAAAAACAGAAUUUUUAGUUCAGCUAGAUGGAGCAACCACAUCUUCUGAAGAUCGAAUCCUAGUGGUGGGAGCAACAAAUCGGCCACAAGAGAUUGAUGAGGCUGCCCGGAGAAGACUGGUGAAAAGGCUUUACAUUCCCCUACCGGAAGCUUCAGCCAGGAAACAGAUAGUAACCAGCCUGAUGUCCAAGGAGCAGUGUUGCCUCAGUGAGGAUGAAGUCGAGAAGGUGGUCCAGCAGUCGGAAGGGUUCUCUGGAGCAGACAUGACCCAGCUUUGCCGGGAGGCUUCCCUGGGUCCCAUUCGCAGUUUGCACAUGGCUGACAUUGCUACCAUAACACCAGAUCAAGUUCGACCUAUAGCUUACCUUGAUUUUGAAAAUGCUUUUAGAACUGUGCGCCCUAGUGUGUCUCCAAAUGAUCUAGAGGUUUAUGAAAACUGGAACAAAACAUUCGGUUGUGGAAAGUGAAUGAGGCACUAAAAAGAUGGUGUUUCCUUUCUUUAACUUAGGAAACGAGGGCUAUGUUAGUGGCCGUUUUUGGAACCUAUUCUGAAUUCUAUACCUCAAACAACAGUUGUUCAAAAUUUAACAACUGUUUGAUGUAUCUUAAUAUGUUGGAUUUGCCUUCUAGUUAUGUGAUAACAUAAGCCUAUUUAAAUUCAGAGAAAAUGAACUCUUUUUCUAAAAAGUGUUUCAUUUGAAGAGGUUUAAUAUGAACUGUAAGUGUGUUGAAGCUUUGGUCUGAAGGUUAUGCUUAAAUAUGAGGAUAUCCUAAUUUAUGUUAAUAUUUACUGAAAAAGUUACAAAGUUCUUAGUGUUGGCCAAUGUAAUGGUUUAGAAAGCAUUUUUUUGUUGUUGUUUAGAUGAUAAAAGAUCUCACCAAAGCUAGAAUGAAAGUGCUAAUUUUUACUUUCUGAUUGGUAGCCUCUUGUGGUUCAUUCUUACUCUAAUAAAAUUUGUGUUUAGAAGUAGCAAAGUGUGGAAGUGGCACUGUGACUCAAGUGGUAGAGCGCUCGCCUUGAGCUGAAGAGUGCAGGGACAGCGCCCAAGCCCAGAAUUCAAGUCCCAAGACCGACAAAAAAAAAAAGAAGCAGCAAAGUGUAAUUCAGGGUUGAAGACAUAUCCAUACAUUCAAAGGUAAAGAAUGUUUUUCAGCUGGUUGCUGGUGGCUCAUGCCUGUAAUUCUAGCUACUCAGGAGGCUGAGAUCUGAGGAUCAUGGC